AUGGAGCUUAUCCGACAGGCAUGGCGGAUCACAACCGAUCCGCACCACACGAAAUGGACUGCUCCAUUGCAACUACUCGCCGAUGCGGCAUUAUGCGGUCUGGUGAUUGUCAAAGUACCCUACACCAACAUCGACUGGACAGCAUACAUGCAACAGAUUGAAAUCUACCUAGCCGGCGAGCGUGACUAUGCCAAAAUCGCAGGUGACACAGGUCCACUAGUUUACCCGGCAGCACACGUGUACAUCUACCGCGUGCUCUACUACCYCACGGAAAGCGGCCAGAAUAUACUCACUGCUCAAUGCAUCUUCGCGGGACUAUAUCUCGCCACUCUAUGGCUGGUAAUGCAAUGUUACCGUGUUGCAAAAGUACCUYCGUACAUUCUGCCAUUGCUUAGUUUAAGCAAGCGAGUGCAUUCCAUUUUUGUGCUAAGGCUUUUCAACGACUGUUUUGCGGUAUUUUUCUUGUUUGCUGCUAUUUGGUGCUGGCAGAGAAAGGUCUGGACGGUGGGAACGAUAUUGUAUAGUUUGGGUUUGGGAGUGAAGAUGAGUUUGUUGCUUCCUCUGCCUGCUAUAGGAGCAGUGCUCUGGCAGGGCAUGGGACGAAACAGGGCGUUCUACCAGGCUCAAAGUAUUGGACAGGUUCAGACGUUGAUCGCUUCUCCAUUCAUCCUUGGAGGACUCAAGAGCUAUGUCAGUAGAGCCUUUGAGCUCACACGCCAAUUCAUGUUCAAGUGGACCGUCAAUUGGCGAUUUGUGGGUGAGGAACGCUUCCUCUCAAAAGGCUUCUCGGUUGGAUUGAUCAGCGCUCAUGUUAUUCUGCUCUACUUCUUCGGAGUUGGCAGAUGGCUGAAACCCUCCAAAGCUUCCCUGCCAGAAGCCGUCAGCCUACUCAUCACCCCUCCGUCAAAGGAACAGCAGAAUAGGAUUGCUCGCGGGAUCAACCCAGACUUCGUCCUUUCGACGAUCCUUUCCGCACUCUUAGUCGGGUGCCUAUGUGCCAGAAGUCUGCACUACCAAUUCUUCGUAUACAUCGCAUGGUCGGUUCCCUUCCUGCUAUGGCGAAGUGGGUUACAUCCCAUCUUGAUAUAUGCGAUCUGCAUAGCGCAGGAAUGGGCCUGGAAUGUGUACCCCAGCACAGGUGCCAGCUCGAUGGUGGUGGUGGGCUGCAUGGCGGUGACGGUAGGGAGCAUGUGGAUCGGUACCAGUCCAUAUCUCACAGGUGCAGAGAAAGCGGAUGCUUCUCACGAGCACAUAGAGUAA